CAAGCGAGCAAAGGCAAACAGGUCAAGAGGCGGAGAGGAGGAAAGCACGUGUGAGCCACACAGCAUUGUCCUUCCUUAGCACACUUGGUUUUCCCUAAGUCUGUCUCCUUCGCAUGUAGACUAACACAAGGGCCCAACGCACACCAAGCCGUCUUGUCAAUAGCUCUUCUCCAAUACUGUCACGUCGCUUGUUUGUCUUUUUGACCAUGGUGAGCAAGACGGACGACACCACGGCUUCAGCGCCAGGCUGCGGUCCGGUUGAUGUUGCGGAGGAAGCCGGGGAUGGAGCUCAGGACGCCCACGAGAGCAGCAGGACGCAUUUGAAGGAAACGUGCGGCUGCGACACAGUCAUGGUGAAUGGUGGAGCGGCACAUGAGCACACGGAGGAGAUGGAAUCAAAGAAGGAUGGGCACAGUGAAGUUAAUGGUGGUGACGAGUCCAACGAGCAGGAGGUGAUCGUCAUCCAGGACACGGGCUUCACCGUAAAGAUCCAGGCACCUGGAGCGGAGCCCUUUGACCUCCAGGUGUCUCCUCAGGAGAUGGUGCAGGAGAUCCAUCAGGUGUUGACUGAUAGAGAGGACACCUGCCACCGCACCUGCUUCUCUUUGCAGCUGGACGGAAACGUACUGGCCAACUUCGCUGAGCUCAAGUCCAUUGAAGGCCUGCAGGAAGGCUCGCUGCUCAAAGUAGUGGAAGAGCCAUACACAGUGCGUGAAGCCCGGAUCCACGUGCGUCACAUCAGAGACCUGUUGAAGAGUCUGGACCCGUCAGAUGCCUACAAUGGGGUGGACUGCAACUCUCUGUCCUUCCUCAGUAUCUUCACAGAUGGAGACCUUGGAGAUAGUGGGAAGCGGAAGAAAAAGGGCAGCGAGCUGGAGCAGAUUGACUGUACCCCGCCGGAGCACAUUCUCCCUGGCAGUAAAGAGCGCCCGCUGGCACCCCUUCAGCCACAGAACAAGGACUGGAAGCCCAUGCAGUGCCUGAAGGUCCUGACCAUGAGCGGCUGGAACCCUCCCCCCGGUAAUAGGAAGAUGCAUGGCGACCUCAUGUACCUGUACAUCGUGACAGUAGAAGAGCGCCACGUCAGCAUCACUGCCUCUACACGCGGCUUCUACCUCAACCAGUCCACUACCUACACCUUCAACCCUAAACCAGCCAACCCUAGUUUCUUGAGCCAUUCUCUGGUGGAACUACUGAGCCAGAUCAGCCCUGCCUUUAAGAAGAACUUCACUGCUCUGCAAAAGAAAAGGGUCCAGAAGCAUCCGUUCGAGCGAAUAGCCACACCUUUCCAGGUGUACAGCUGGACGUCACCCCAAGUGGACCAUGCCAUGGACUGUGUUCGGGCUGAGGACGCCUACACCUCCCGCUUGGGUUAUGAGGAGCACAUACCAGGACAGACAAGAGAUUGGAAUGAGGAGUUUCAGACAACAAGAGAGUUUCCUCGGAAGAACCUGCCGGAGCGCCUGCUGAGGGAGCGAGCGAUUUUCAAGGUCCACAGCGACUUUGCAGCAGCGGCCACUCGCGGUGCCAUGGCAGUCAUCGACGGAAAUGUAAUGGCCAUCAACCCUGGUGACGAAACGCACAUGCAGAUGUUCAUCUGGAACAACAUUUUCUUCAGCCCGGGCUUUGACGUGCGAGACCAUUAUCGCGAGCUGGGUGGGGACGCUGCCGCCCACGUCGCACCCACCAACGACUUGAAUGGUGUGAGAGCGUACGGGGCAGUGGAUGUGGAGGGACUCUAUACACUGGGCACAGUGGUGGUGGACUACAGAGGCUACCGUGUCACCGCCCAAUCAAUCAUCCCUGGCAUCCUGGAGCGCGAGCAGGAGCAGAGCGUCAUCUAUGGCUCCAUCGACUUUGGAAAGACAGUUGUGUCUCACAGCAAAUACCUGGAGCUUCUGGCGAAGACAAGCAGGCCCCUCAAAGUGCAGCGAUACAAUGUGCUCAAUGAGAAGAACGAGGCCGUGGAACUUUGCUCGUCGGUCGAAUGUAAGGGCAUCAUUGGAAAUGAUGGCCGUCACUACAUUCUGGACCUUCUUCGCACCUUCCCCCCUGACCUCAACUUCCUUCCCGUGGAGGGAGAAGAGGUAGCUCCAGAGUGUCAGCACCAGGGUUUCCCCCGCCAGCACCCCCACCGCCUCGCCUGCCUUCGCCAAGAACUCAUUGAGGCCUUUGUCGAGCACAGAUAUCUUCUCUUUAUGAAGAUGGCCGCGUUACAACUCAUGCAACAGAAAGCCAACAAAAACGGAAAAAUUCCAGCCAUCACUCAAACCUCCGAAACAGACACCAAUGCUGAUGAAGCACAAACCACUGCCUCAGAUUCAAGCACGCAGGUCUCUACAGAUGUCCCGGUCCAAACAAAUAGCAGUCUCAGUGUGACUGACAGGGAUGAAAUGACCUCGAAGGCCGCUACCAAUGGGCCUCUGGAGCCUACAGCAACACAGAAUGGGGAGUGCAAGAGCCCACUGGAGGGUAAGGAGCUUGAGGAAAGUAUUCCAGGAUUAGCUCAGGCCAAAGAGCUGGCGGAGACCUUAGUUGGUGAAGAUGGAUCUGGUAUUGACCUCAAAAGCCGCGAGGUCGUCCUUAAUGCUUGCAAGGCUGUCGGCUCCAUCAGCAACACGUCCUUCGACAUCCGCUUCAACCCUGACAUCUUCUCUCCAGGAGUACGUUUCCCAGACGACAGCGCAGAUGACAUCCAGAAACAAAAGCAGUUACUCAACGAUUCUGCUGCUUUCCUUGUUUCCUGCCAGAUUCCAUCACUGGUUAAAGACUGUUUGGACCAAAGCGCUCUGCCCAUGGAUGGAGCCACUCUAACAGAGGCCUUGCACCAGCGAGGCAUUAAUGUACGGUACUUGGGCACUGUGCUGGAGUUUGUGGACAAGACUCCUGCCAAAGCCCAGCUGGAACACUUCUAUAGAAUGGGAAUCAUUGAAUUGAUCACCAGAUGUGCAAAACAUAUCUUCAAGACAUACCUCCAGGGUGUAGAGCUGUCAGCUCUCUCUGCCGCUGUAAGCCAUUUCCUAAACUGUUUCUUGAGCUCCUUCACGGAUGCUGUCGCUCACCUGCCGGCUGACGAGCUCGUGUCGCGACGGAAAAACCGAAAGAGGCGCAAUAAGGUUCCUGGAAGUGGAGACAACACUGCGUGGGCCAGCCUGACACCAAGCGAGUUGUGGAAGAACAUUGCCUCUGAAGCACAGAGUUACUAUCACUUCACCAUCCAAUGUGAAAAUGUGGACCAGGUGGUGGAGAAAUACAGUCUUCAGAAAAUCACUUUGCUCAGAGAAAUAUCAGUCAAAACAGGCAUCCAAAUUCUGAUAAAGGAGUAUAACUUCGACAGCCGCCACAAGCCUACUUUUACAGAAGAAGACAUCCUUAAUAUUUUCCCUGUGGUAAAACAUGUCAACCCCAAAGCCUCAGACGCCUUCCACUUCUUCCAGAGCGGCCAGGCCAAGGUGCAGCAAGGAUUUUUGAAGGAGGGGUCUGAGCUGAUCAAUGAGGCCCUCAACCUCUUCAACAACGUGUACGGAGCAAUGCACGUGGAAAUCUGUGCCUGCCUCCGCCUCUUGGCUCGCCUUAAUUACAUCAUGGGGGACCACGCUGAGGCACUCAGCAACCAACAAAAGGCUGUUCUGAUGAGCGAAAGAGUUCUUGGCAUCGAGCACCCUAAUACAAUUCAAGAAUAUAUGCAUUUGGCUCUGUACUGCUUUUCCAACGGACAGCUGUCCACUGCAUUGAAGCUGCUAUACAGAGCUCGAUACCUCAUGUUACUGGUGUGCGGGGAAGACCACCCAGACAUGGCGCUGCUAGAUAGUAACAUUGGAUUGGUAUUGCACAGUGUGAUGGAAUACGAUUUAUCUCUGAGAUUCCUGGAGAAUGCUUUGGCCAUCAACUCAAAGUACCAUGGACCCCGGUCACUCAAAAUAGCGCUCAGCCAUCAUCUCGUCGCAAGAGUUUACGAAAGCAAAGCAGAGUUCCGCUCUGCGCUUCAGCAUGAAAAGGAAGGCUACACUAUUUACAAAAACCAGAUGGGCGAGGCUCACGAGAAAACCAAGGAAAGCUCAGAGUACCUGAAGUGCCUCACCCAACAGGCUGUGGCCUUGCAGAGAACAAUGAAUGAGAUCUACAAAAAUGGCUCCAGUGCCAGCAUCACUCCCCUCAAGUUCACUGCUCCCAGCAUGGCCAAUAUCUUGGAACAGCUCAACAUCAUCAAUGGCAUCAUUUUUAUCCCUCUAAGCCAAAAAGAUCUGGAGAACCUGAAAGCUGAGGUGCAGCGACGGCAGCAGCUGCAGGAGCCACAGAAGAAUGAGCAACUGGAGAAGAGUGAGCAACCUACAGAGGAUAGCCUGCUGGAACUAGAGGACAAAAUUCCCGUUGAUUAAUUUCCAAAAGCACACAACAUAGUUACUUUUUUUGCUUUACAAAGGGUGAAGACCGUGUCGUAACGGUCUUGUCAUUAUGCCCGCUGACCCAGGAACUGAGCAAACUAUAUCAGCAUUGAAAUAAUAAUAAUAAAAAUAAAUGAAUACAUAAAAAAACAUAAGGGGAUAUACAAUAUGUUUGAAGGGGCCAGAGAAUACACUUUAUGAUGUGUAGGACAAAGGAAAACUGAGUAGGAAAGUCCUACAACGUAGGAGGGGGGGUACAAACAUCCAAUCCAUGUAACAUGCAGCGUGAGGAAAUCCUACCAAGGGGUGUUAAGUAAUCUGGGCGCAUAGAACUCAGGAGAUGCCAGUUGUGGACUCAAGAGUGACAUUAUAUACCUGAGCCUUAUCCAUUGUAUUACAAGGCCAAGUUACUUCCCCAAACGCAGUGCUGUUAGCCCAUGACCAUGUGUGGCUUCCUGGAGCCUUGAAGAGCGAGACUAGGCUAUCCUCUACUUGGCACUAAAAUCAGAUACAAAUUGACAGCAGGCCUUGUAUUUAUUAGAAUGUAAUGCUCCUAAUUUUCCACACCCCUUAUGGUUAUUUAAUUGAAUCUCAUCAUUUGUGCUGUUUGCUGAGUCCUACAAACAGUAAACCCGUGGACUCUUUUGCUGGACCCCCCCUCCCCCAUCACUGAAACACACAGGAAUAUUAUGACGGCAUUUUAGACCUGUUAAUUUAAGCCAUGACUGUUUUAUAGAAAAUGUAUAGAAUGGAAAAAAAAAGUAUAAAUCUAUAUCAGAUUUAAGUGUUCUUGCUUAAUGAAAAAGCUCCAUAAACCAUCCUCUUGAAGGCAGAUUCCUCAAUGUACUAACUGUGUUCAAUCUUCUAUUUUUACACAUUGAGAAGACUGUGCAUGUAUGUUUGGAUGUGAGUCUUUUCAUAAUCCAACAGGACCGCUGACGAGAGGUGUGACGUGAACAUUGGCUUUCCAAAUGUUUUAUUUUUCUAUGCAUAGUUGUCAUGUUAGAUGGCUGCCGCAAAAUUAGCCUCUUCUCAUUAUUGGACAGGUGCUCAACAAUUGUUGUAGUGACAGGUCCUGGUUUUCCGUGUGUGUGUUUUCACAUGUAAGCUGCCCAGAGAGCAAUAUGGAGGAAUAUGUUUGCAAGUUUUCAGCACCAAUGAAAAGGGACAACAGCAGUUUUGAUUGAGAUGUACCCAAAAAAAAAAAAAAAAGACUGACAGUUUGUGCUUGUAUACAUGCAAUGUAACUCUGCUGAGGCAAUGUGUAACUUAGUCUGCCGUGUAUAAAUGUUUGUGAUUAAAGAAAUAUAGAGAUGGUGCUGGAAAUUAUAUUUAGAAAUGCUAAAUGAAGAUGUGAAUAAUACCUUAAAGGAUACAACGUUAUAUGCUCGCACUCGAAGGAAGUCAUUGCAAUCAUUUUCCCGCAUGUUCAGGAGUCAGAAGUGGAGGCAGGUGAAUAUUUUCUUUAUAAAGGUGAUUUAUGUAUCUUAA